GACAAACAUUUCUACACAGCAAAGGCAACAGUGGCUCCAGUAAUCUCAUAGUUUUACCAAGGAUGGACGCCGGCAUGGACUUGCUCCACAGCUCCGGAGUGAGCAUGGUGCAGUACCUCCAGACCCAAUACAGAGACUCCCAGAGCUGGUUCCUGUUCAUCUCCUUUGCUGCAGACCUCAGGAACACCUUCUUCAUCUUCUUCCCCAUCUGGUUCCACUUGAGCGAGUCUGUGGGAGUCAAACUCAUCUGGGUGGCCGUCAUCGGGGACUGGCUCAACCUCGUCUUCAAGUGGAUUCUCUUUGGACAGAGGCCCUACUGGUGGGUUCACGAGACCCCCUACUACAGCAACUCUUCAGUGCCUCACAUCGAGCAGUUCCCAGUCACCUGUGAAACCGGACCAGGCAGUCCCUCAGGCCACGCCAUGGGUUCAGCUGGGGUGUAUUAUGUGAUGGUCACAUCUAUUCUCACCAUACUGCUACAGAAACAUCAACCCUCUGUGAAAAACUGGUGUGUUCGUGCUGUGCUGUGGUCAGUGUUCUGGGGUGUCCAGUUCUGUGUCUGUCUGUCCAGGAUCUUCCUGGCUGCCCACUUCCCACACCAGGUCAUCACAGGGGUCAUCAAAGGUAUGAUCGUAGCCGAAGCUUUCAGCCACAUCCAGUGGAUCUAUGGCGCCAGCCUUAAGAAGUACCUCAACACCACCCUGUUCCUGUUCUGCUUCACUGUGGGAUUCUACCUGCUACUCAAAGUCCUGGGAGUGGACCUGCUAUGGACGCUGGAAAAAGCCAAGAGGUGGUGCGUCCGAGCCGAGUGGGUCCACAUGGACACCACCCCCUUCGCCAGCCUGCUCCGCAACCUGGGGACCCUCUUCGGACUGGGUCUCGCCAUCAACUCCCCACUCUACAUGGAGAGCUGCCGAGGGAAGCAGGGCCACAGUGCCCCCUUUAGGCUGGGCUGUAUCGCUGCCUCGCUGGUGGUGCUCCAUCUCAUCGACUCCUUCAAACCCCCCACCAAAAUAGCAGCCUUGUUUUACCUGCUGUCUUUCUGUAAGAGUGCAGCUGUGCCGCUGGCCACUGUGGGCAUCAUUCCUUACUGCAUCUACAGCAUGCUGAGCCGGCACAACAGGAAGCUUUUAUAAACUGCAGGGACAUUAAGAACCUCUUGUUGGCCAUAUAUAAAAGGCCAUCAAACUACAGACAUAUAUUUAUCUUAGUUUUAUGUGUUUUUAUAUAUUUAUCUUAGUUUUAUUAUAUGUUAUUUGUGUUUUGUGGAUUACCAAAUUGGAAGGCAGACAAAUAAUUGCAGAGUGGUGAGAAAGACUUGGAUAUUAUUGUAUACUUUUAUAGGAAAUUAAAUACACUUCUACGUGAGUAAAGUAUUCGACAGUAAUGGCACAGACUAAACGAAGACAGUUUACAAGAUAACUUGAUUAUCUAUAAUUUUGGAGAGAAUAGGUUACAGUUGGGUGCAGUUUAAUAUGGCUACAUAUGAUCAGUUUGUUUUGUAUAAGUCACUACAGCUUAAUGAACUAAAAGGCAAAUGUUGGGUGAUGUGAUAUAUAUGCGAUAUACAAAAUUAUUAAAUUCUAUUUAAAAUAAUUUAUUUCAUGAUGUUUUGGACAAAAUCCCUUCUUCAGCUGUGUAGAGAGAAAAGUAAACACAGUGCAGAAAAUAUUGUUGUUUUUGCAAGACAUUUGUGGAUGAUGGCACGAUUAUGGCAGAAUAGAAUGUUUAUUUCAAGAGGUUCCAAAGUUAGUAGUUUGAAGAUAAACUCGCAUUCCCUUUGUUUCCAAACAGCAUUUAUUCCAUAACAAUGACUGAUCCCACUAUGGUGAUGUCUUCAGCAGUAUGAUUAUCAUUGUUGAUGUCUUCAGCAGUGUGAUUAUCAUUGUUGAAGUGUUGCCUACUGGAAAUGUAGUGGUGUUGACAUGAUGCUUUGUAAAUGUUCAGUGGUCCGCUAAACACUUUUUACAGUUUGUUGCAUUUCUUUCAGAUAAUGCAGUAUACUAUUCCUAUUUUCUGUUCUGAAUGCCCCUUUAUCUAAUCUCCAUUUGUGAUCCCUGGUCCUUGUUUCUUUUUUCAGGACAAAAAAGUCCCCUGGGUCGACAUUGUCUAUACCUUUUAGGAUUUUGAAUGCUUGAAUCAGAUCACUGCGUAGUCUUCUUUGUUCAAGACUGAAUGAUUCAAUUCUUUUAGCCUGUCUGCAUUAUUGUAUUAAUUUGUAUUAAUUUAACUUAACUUAAAUGUUAGUAAUGUACUUUAGCUUAGGUUUUGUAUUAAGUUAUAUGAUUGAUUAACUUAUUACGUUUGACUGUUGUCAUAUUUAACCUUUUUUUUUUUUAAUCUUCCAAAACACCAGAUUUUUGUCUCCAGUUUAUUGUAGAAAGUCUCAGGAAAUUGAGCGGGGCUGCUGUAUGUUUUAAAAUGAGAAACUAUUAUAGAAAUACAUGAAAAAACUUAA